AUGCAUUCACGUGGAAAAGGUCCCUUGCUUUCUCUUGUUUGUGUCCUUCUGUUGAAUGGCAUUCAUGGUGCACUUAGUGAGGAGCCAGAGUCUUUGAUCUUGGGUUCUGGAUUGGAUGAGGUUGCCGAAGAUGGUGAUGGAAGAAAAUGGAGUCCUGAUAAAAAGUUCUUGGAGACAAAAGGUGAUUCAAUCACAGCCAAAGCAUCUUACCAAGACCCUUCUCUUAUGUCCCAGAUACCAUACAUGUCAGCACGUGUUUUCAAAUCUGAGUCAACAUACAAAUUCCCCAUUAAAUCUGAUAAGCGUUAUUGGCUCAGGCUUCAUUUUUACCCCUCUCUUUAUGACACUUUCGAUCCCACUAACUCAUAUUUCUCCGUGACUGCAAAUGGUGUUACCCUCCUCACCAAUUUCAGCGCCUCAGUCACUUGUGAGGCCCUCUCACUAGCAUACAUAGAUAGAGAGUAUUCCCUUGCUCCUUUGAAUUCAGAUUCCUUGACUCUCACUUUCCAGCCUUCUGAUAAAUACGACGGUGCAUUCGCUUUUGUCAAUGGCAUUCAGCUUAUCGAAAUGCCCGAUUUGUUUGAUUCUGCAUCAUUGAUAGGGUAUGAUGACCAAACCAUAGAUGUAAAAACAUUGAAUUUGCAAACCAUGUUUAGAUUAAACGUUGGAGGGCAGUUCAUAUCUCCAAUCCAUGACUCUGGACUUACAAGGAUAUGGUAUGAUGACACACCUUACCUUUAUGGGUCAGCCAGUGGUGUGACCAACAAAGCUGAGAAGAAUGUCACAAUCAACUAUCAAACCAUGCCAGAGCAUAUUGCUCCUCAUGAUGUCUACUCCACAUCCAGAUCAAUGGGGGGAGAUCCAAAUAUCAACAUGGGCUACAAUCUCACUUGGAGCUUCCGUGUUGAUCCCAGUUCCAUGUACCUUGUAAGGUUACAUUUCUGUGAUUACCACUACUCCAAGAUCAAUCAGAUUGUCUUCAAUAUCUUUGUCAACAACCAAACGGCACAAGCUCAAGCUGAUGUGAUUGGGUGGACAGGAGGCAUAGGAGUGCCAAUUUAUAAGGACUACGUUAUACAUGUCGAAGAUGGAAAGAGUAAUGAGUUGCUCUGGCUUGCUCUCCACCCCGACCCAGACACACGGCCUGAGUUCUAUGAUGCCAUACUCAAUGGAGUGGAGAUAUUCAAGCUCAACGACACAGACUUAUCUGCUCCCAAUCCUCUGAUUUCAGACAUGCUUCUCAGAGAGCACCGGGAGGAGGAAGCGGGUUUCUUUACCCACAAAUCUAGUCAUCGUUCUGUGAUCGGUGGAGCUGCUGGAGGUGCGGCUGGUUUUGCUUUUAUGGCUGUAGUAUGUGUUGCUAUGUACAACAAGAAGAAGAGAGAACCAGGAUCAGAUGGUCAAACAGGCUGGCUACCCAUCUAUUCACGCUCUAGCAAAUGCAGCAAGUCUGGCAGGAGCAUGUGCAGUACCACCUUAUCCGCCAUGUCUCAAGGUCUUUGCCGCUAUUUCACCUUGCAAGAGAUAAAGCAAGCAACCGACAAUUUUGAUGAAUCCAACGUCAUUGGGGUUGGUGGAUUUGGAAAGGUGUACAAAGGUGUCAUUGAUAAUGGAACGAAGGUGGCAAUCAAGAGGUCCAAUCCCCAGUCAGAACAAGGAGUUGACGAAUUCCAAACGGAAAUUGAGAUGCUUUCCAAGCUGAGACACAAGCAUUUGGUGUCCUUGAUUGGUUUCUGCGAGGAAAAUGAUGAGAUGUGCCUGGUUUAUGACUACAUGGCUCUUGGCACCAUGAGGGAGCAUCUUUACAAGGGCAACAAACCUAUGUCUACUCUAUCAUGGAAGCAAAGAUUGGAGAUUUGCAUUGGAGCUGCAAAAGGGCUUCACUACCUUCACACCGGGGCAAAGUACACAAUCAUUCAUAGAGAUGUCAAAACAACUAACAUUCUCUUGGAUGAAAACUGGAAUGCCAAGGUUUCAGAUUUUGGCUUGUCAAAAACGGGUCCAAAUAUGGACCAAGGUCAUGUUAGCACCGUGGUGAAGGGUAGCUUUGGCUACUUGGAUCCUGAAUACUUCAGGAGGCAACAAUUGACUGAAAAAUCUGAUGUCUACUCAUUUGGGGUUGUUCUGUUUGAAGCCCUAUGUGCCAGGCCUGUCCUCAUUCCUAACCUUCCAAAGGAACAGGUUAGUCUUGCUGAAUGGGCAUUGAUUUGCAAGAAAAAAGGAACUCUAGAGGAUAUCAUUGACCCUUGUCUCAAGGGAAAUAUCAAUGAAGAAAGCUUGAACAAGUUUGUGGACACGGCAGAGAAGUGCUUGUCUGAUCAUGGUACUGAUCGGCCCUCCAUGAAUGAUCUAUUGUGGAAUCUUGAAUUUGCUCUCAACCUGCAAGAAAAUGUUAAUGGUGAAGGUGGUUCAACUCAAUCUGCUCAAGCGGAGAAAAGUGAGUUCGAAGAUAUAAGCUUGGAAAAUGACAUAGCACGCCACUAUAGAAACUUGAGCCUUGGAAGUGACAUUGACAUUAACGACAAUUCCACUGAGAAUCAGGAUGCCAUCUUCUCACAAAUUGUCAGUCCAAAAGGACGAUGA